CAAAAUCCAAGGCAGACGAGGCGAGGCGGUUUCUGUGGAGACGGACUGCCAUCACGACAACAGAGCAAGCGCUGCUCGGUCUGACGGCUGCUGCUUGUUCUUGCAGAUUCCAAAUUCCAACGGCAGAUUGCAGGUGGAGGGCAAUCACACGCUCAACGGCGGUGAAGACUAUCAAACUCUUCUGGUCUAGAGGGAGAGCACUCUAGCCUCGAGGACCACAACCAGCAUCGCACACACUCACAGACACAAGGUCGGGUGCCUAUUUCGAUUCCCGACGUCUGAUUGAGACAUCUUGGACAUUCUUCCCGUUGGUUUUCCAGCCAAACAAAGCAGUUGACAAGCAUUCUGAGCCACACCGCCUCUUCCGGCUGGGACCCGACACACAUUCCAUCGACGGCUGGCAGCCGACGCCGGCGACAAGAUGGCCCCAGCCAUCAUCCAGAGCCUCAUCGGCCGGGCCACGGGCGCCGCAGACGCGUCGUCGCUCGGUCCGCUGGCGGCCCGGGCGGUGCUGACGGCGCGCAACCUGGUGCCGCGAAAGGACAGCGGCGAGCGGCCGGACCCUUCGCGGGGCGCGGUGAACCCGCACGACAUCAACAACAACGCCGUGUUCGCGCUAUUCGGCCUGAUAGGCGCGGGGUUCGUCAUCGGCGGCAUCUGGUUCUUCUUCUGGGCCAAGAACGGCGGCUUCUACUUCAAGGAGAACGACUGGGACGACUACAAGUCGACGGUGCUGCGCCGCACCGGCCCCAACGGCACCAUCUUGUCAAAUGUGACAAAGUCGACCAAACUCGGCGGCGGCAGCGUCUACAAGGACGUCGACGACGGCACCACGGUCUCGGGCGGCUCCGAGGGCCUCCUCCGCGGCCACAGGAGCAGGUACCACGACGACGACGCGCGCACCGAGAUCACGGACGACACGUACAUGACGGGCAUCACGGCCGGCGUGUCCGACAUUGGCGCGCGCGAGAAGAGGCGCAAGAAGAAGGAGGCGCGCGACCGCGAGCGCGAGCGGCAGCGCGAGGAGAAGGCGAGGCGCAAGCAGGAGGAGAAGGACGCCAAGGCGGGCAACAAGAGCCGCAGGAAGGUCGGGGCCGACGGCGCGCUCAUCGACGCCGAGGCCGAGGCCGAGGCCGCUGAGCAGCUGCGCAACUACCGCCACGAGAAGCCUGCGCGCGUCGGCGGCCUCAACAAGGAGUCGGAGGGCAGCCAGUGGGACGGCUCGAACCCGAGUGGCAGUAGCGCUGGCACCCGCACCGAGGUCUCGGAGCCCAUGCCCAGUCGUCACCGCAGCCACCGCCACCAACGCAGCCGCCAGGACGAGGACGACGAGGGCAGCGGCGUCACGUCGGAGCUACUGGGCGGCGACAAGCAGCGCACGUCGGCGACGUCGGCGCCCAAGAAGUCCAGCGGCGGCGGCAACACGGGCGGCAUCCGCAAGGUCUACUCGACGGCCGACAAGGUACACAGCCGCGAGCAGGAGCGCAUCCGCGCCGAGGCCCGCCGGCUGCAGGAGAAGGGACGGUCGGCCAUGGCGGCGUCGACGGUGGCGUCUUCGUCGGCGGCCUCGUCGUCGCAGGCCUCGUCGGCCGCCGCUGCCCCGCCCCGGCGCGACUACAGCUUCCAGCGCGGGCCCGACGAGAGGCGUGGAUUCGCGAUGCGGCGCAUCGAGGAGGCCGAGUCGUCGGUGGCGUCGGCCGCCGACGAGCGCCGCAACCGCUCAAAGAGCCGCACGCGAUCCAAGAGCCGACCGCCCACCGACCCCGCCGCCGCCAGGCAGUCGGCCAGCGUGCCGGGCUCGUGGGUCGAGGGCAGCGAGGUGGGCACCAGCAGCGAAGUCGGCACCAAGACGUACCACCACCCCAUCCCCGAGCUCACGGGCAGCAGCCUGAGCGGCAGCGGCAUCGCCACCAACGACUUUGCCUACCAGGACGACAAGCGCAAGAGCAGGCGCGGAGGCGGUGGCGGCGGCGGCGAGCGGUCGGGAGAUCGUGACAGGAGCAGCUACCGUCGGGGCUGAGCUUCAAGGGGGCUUGGUUUGGGUGGGUGAUGAAGGGAAGAGGGAGCAGGAGACUGAUUCGGAAAAGUGAGAGUACAAGCCUGUGGGUUGAUGGACGAAUCAUGAUCCCGAAGCAUGUAUCAUGUGUUUUUUGUGUGCAAGUUUUUCUUUUUGGGCUGGGGCUUAUAUUUUUGUUCUGUUUCUUCAUUUCCCUUCCGUCUCCUUCCUCCCAGCUUUGGGGCAUCGGCCAACCACGCUUCACUCAUGCAAUGAUUUACUUUUUCACGGUCCGGGUUUUGGGGCUUGCAUUGCGCAUUUGAUAGCAGUAAAUAAAUCUCUUAGUCCCUAGCACACCUGCUGAACUCAUGAGGGCUGGCUUGUCACCUGAACUCUGACUGACAACCUUUUGCUGGAGAAUAUCGCAAUCGACCUUGAUGAUGCUCCCAA